CGUGAUGGCUCUAUGUACAGGGCCCUCUAUUGGUGUGGCUGGAAGAGAGAUUAUCCUGUUGCAGAUCGUAGCGAGACUCGGUUGGAGGCAAUGAUGUUUUCAGAUCCCACCAAACGCAUGUCUUCUUCUACCAUGCUGCAAAUUUUCUCAUUAGAGUUGGCUAAAAUUCCUGGGAAUGAUGGAUUAGUAGAGUUGUAUGGAUACAUAGCAGCUCGGGAUGAUGUGGAUAAGUUGCUUAAUUAUGUCAUCAAUAUUAGCAGGGAUGAUCCCAUUAUUGUGGAGCAGGGUUCUCUCAUCAGAAUGGGUGGUGGCCCUAAGCGAGGAAUAGAUGUGGCAGACUAUGCUCUAAUUGAGUAUGACAUGAGGAUUAAGAGAGGCACACAAGAAAGAGAUGACCUACAACUGGUCGACAGAGCAAUAUCCUUAGGCCCCCACGGGACAUGGAAUCGUCCGUUCACAUAUAACAUCUCUAAUGAUUGUAGCGGCGCAGUUCACAUAACUUUAGCUCGUCUUUCUUGCGCGGUCGAGGCGACCGUAGAGGUUCUCAUAUCUGAAGUGCAGAGCGGUUUUCAUAUGUCUCUCAGAUGUUUUACCAGUGGGUUUGAUACGGAGAUCCGGCUCUUUGAUGGCACUGUUGUCAAGUCUUGCGGCUUGAAGAGAUCUGUGGUUGCCGUAGUGGAGUGGUCUUUCAUACGUUUAAAAUUCAAGGUACGCGCACCGUCAUCUGGUUCCGAGUCCAAACGUCGUUGUACCUUCAAGGCAAAAACACAUGGGUCUAAUACUCGAGAGAUAAAAACUGAUUUUGCGUUGAUCUCGGUGAAGGUGACUUGGUCGACGUUGCCCGGUUGCUUUCCUGGCUAA